AUGGCGCGGAAUCAUGUGCUCCUGAUCUUCCUUGUAGCCUCCGCAGGCCACCUUCUUCAGGCGGCGGCGGGGAUCUCACUGGACCACAUCGUCGGAGGAAGCUCCGGGUGGCGGCUCCCCCCCAACGCCACCUUCUACAGUGAAUGGACCCGAGAUAAGACCUUCGUCGUCGGCGAUAAGCUGGGUCCGUCCUCUGCCUCCCUCUCUCUCUCUCUGCUCUUUCGCUGUCUCUCUGAGAGAACGGUCUGGCUCGAUGAUGCAGUCUUCAUGUACACAUCGGGGCUACAGAACGUGCUGGAGGUUUCCGAGAAGGAUUUCGAGGAGUGUACGCAGGAGGAGGUGGUGGACAUGUACUACGCGGGGCCGACGGUGCUGGAGAUAACGAAGCCCGGCCCACACUACUACUACUCCGGCAUUGGAACUCACUGCGAGGACGGGCAGAAGCUCAGCAUCAACGUGUCCGCCACCGCCGUCCCCGACCCAGCUCGCGACGGCCUACCCUUGCCGGCCAGCAACGCCAGCGCGCCGCCGCAGGCGGCGGGCGGCGCCGCCGAGGCCGGGCCGGCCAGCGCCGGGUCACGCCUCGCCGCCACAGUCGCCGGGGUCUUGAUACCUCUGUCGACGGCGCUGCUUGUCUGA